GCCACCCCUCCCUCCGCGGGGACCCCUGGCGGGUGGCGCGUGGACAUGGCCAGCGACGCCGUGCAGAGUGAACCACGUGGCUGGUCCCUGUUGGAGCAGCUGGGCCUAGCGGGUGCAGACCUGGCAGCCCCUGGGGUGCAGCAGCAGCUGGAACUAGAACGGGAGCGUCUGCGGCGGGAGAUCCGCAAGGAGCUAAAGCUAAAGGAGGGUGCUGAGAACCUGCGGCGGGCCACCACUGACCUGGGCCGCAGCCUGGGCCCUGUGGAGUUGCUGCUGCGUGGCUCCUCACGCCGUCUGGACCUGCUGCACCAGCAACUGCAGGAGCUGCACGCCCACGUAGUGCUGCCUGACCCUGCAGCCACCCACGAUGCUCCUCAGUCCCCUGGUGCAGGUGGCCCAGCCUGCUCGGCCACCAACCUGAGCCGUGUGGCUGGCCUGGAGAAGCAACUGGCCAUUGAGCUGAAAGUGAAGCAGGGGGCAGAAAACAUGAUCCAGACGUACAGCAAUGGAAGCACCAAGGACCGGAAGCUGCUGCUGACGGCUCAGCAGAUGCUGCAGGACAGUAAGACCAAGAUCGACAUCAUCCGCAUGCAGCUCCGCCGGGCAUUACAGGCAGGCCAGCUGGAGAGCCAGGCGGCCCCAGAUGAAGCCCAAGGGAGCCCAGACCUGGGAGCCGUGGAGCUACGUAUUGAGGAGCUGCGACACCACUUCCGAGUGGAACAUGCGGUAGCAGAGGGCGCCAAGAAUGUGCUGCGUUUGCUCAGUGCUGCCAAGGCCCCAGACCGCAAGGCGGUCAGCGAGGCCCAGGAGAAGCUGACCGAGUCAAACCAGAAGCUGGGGCUCCUUCGUGAGGCACUGGAACGGCGACUAGGGGAGCUGCCAGCUGACCAUCCCAAGGGGCGGCUGCUACGUGAGGAGCUAGCUGCAACCUCCUCCCCAGCCUUCAGCGCCCGCCUGGCAGGACCCUUCCCUGCCACGCACUACAGCACUCUGUGCAAGCCCGCUCCACUUACAGGUACCCUGGAGGUGCGCAUGGUAGGCUGCAGAGAUCUUCCAGAGACCAUCCCCUGGAAUCCGUCACCCUUGGUGGGGGGACCAGGGACCCCUGACUGCCGUACCCCCUUCCUGAGCCGUCCAGCCCGGGGCCUUUACAGUCGGAGUGGAAGCCUGAGUGGCCGGAGCAGCCUUAAACCUGAAGCUGAGAGCACCAGUGAGGUUAGCACUGUACUCAAGCUCGAUAACUCAGUGGUGGGGCAGACAUCUUGGAAGCCAUGUGGCCCCAAUGCCUGGGACCAGAGCUUUACUUUGGAGCUGGAGAGGGCACGAGAACUGGAGUUAGCUGUGUUCUGGCGGGACCAGAGGGGCCUGUGUGCCCUCAAAUUCCUGAAGUUGGAGGAUUUCUUGGAUAAUGAGAGGCAUGAGGUGCAGUUGGACAUGGAACCCCAGGGCUGCCUGGUAGCUGAGGUCACCUUCCGUAACCCUGUCAUUGAGAGGAUACCCCGGCUCAGACGGCAAAAGAUCUUCUCCAAACAGCAAGGGAAGGCUUUUCAGCGCGCUAGACAGAUGAACAUUGACGUUGCCACCUGGGUGCGGCUGCUGCGGAGGCUCAUCCCUAAUACCACAGCCACAGGCACCUUCAGUCCUGGGGCUUCUCCAGGACCUGAGGCCCGGUCCACAGGCGACAUAUCUGUGGAGAAGCUGAACCUUGUUGACUCGGAUAGCUCGCCCCAGAAGAGCCCUCUGGAUCCUCUUUCCAGUGAAUUGAGCCCAAGUUCCCCCAUCCAGGAAACUACCACUCCAAAACUGUCUCCAGAGACACAGGAGAUCCCAGGCCCCACCCUGUGCAGCCCUCUGAGGAAGUCACCACUGACCCUCGAAGAUUUCAAAUUUCUGGCAGUGCUGGGCCGGGGUCACUUUGGGAAGGUGCUGCUCUCAGAAUUCCGGUCCAGUGGAGAGCUGUUUGCCAUCAAGGCUUUGAAGAAAGGGGACAUUGUGGCCCGAGACGAGGUGGAGAGCCUGAUGUGUGAGAAGCGGAUUUUGGCUGCAGUGACCAGUGCAGGACAUCCCUUCCUGGUGAACCUAUUUGGCUGUUUCCAGACGCCGGAGCACGUAUGCUUCGUGAUGGAAUACUCUGCCGGAGGGGACCUGAUGCUUCACAUCCACAGCGAUGUAUUCUCUGAGCCCCGAGCUAUCUUUUAUUCUGCCUGUGUGGUGCUGGGGCUGCAGUUUCUCCAUGAACACAAGAUUGUCUACAGGGACCUGAAGUUGGACAAUUUGCUCCUGGACACCGAGGGUUACGUGAAGAUUGCUGACUUUGGCCUCUGCAAGGAGGGAAUGGGCUAUGGGGAUCGGACCAGCACGUUCUGCGGGACCCCAGAGUUCCUGGCACCAGAGGUGCUGACAGACACGUCCUACACAAGGGCAGUGGACUGGUGGGGGCUGGGCGUGCUGCUCUAUGAGAUGCUGGUUGGCGAGUCCCCAUUCCCAGGGGACGAUGAAGAGGAGGUAUUUGACAGCAUUGUCAACGACGAGGUUCGUUACCCUCGUUUCCUGUCAGCUGAAGCCAUUGGCAUCAUGCGCAGGCUGCUGCGCAGGAAUCCAGAACGCAGGUUGGGUUCCAGCGAGAGGGAUGCAGAGGAUGUGAAAAAACAGCCUUUCUUCAGGACCCUGGGCUGGGAUGCCUUGCUGGCCCGGCGCCUGCCGCCGCCCUUCGUGCCCACACUGUCAGGCCGCACAGAUGUCAGCAACUUCGAUGAGGAGUUCACAGGGGAGGCCCCCACGCUGACCCCUCCGCGAGAUGCGCGGCCCCUCACCGCCACCGAGCAAGCGGCCUUCCAGGACUUCGACUUCGUGGCAGGGGGUUGCUAGUCUCUCCCCUUCACCUGCCCCUACCCAGCUCUUAGUAGUUUUUAAAAAGGCCUUUGGGAUUUACCCCAUUCCUGCAUCCUCUGGCUCUCUUUCUGUGCAAUAAUGGGGAGGGUGCUGUGCUUGGAAUUGGAGUCAGUGGGUGGUCUAGGGUAUAGGGAAUGGCCGGGAGAUC